AUGGAAGAGAUCCAUGUAUUCACUAGUUUUAUAUUGUUUCUGGGGUUAUUCACCACAAAAUUUAGAGUAGCAUUGGCUGAUUGGCAACAAGCCCAUGCAACUUUUUAUGGCGGAAGUGAUGCUUCAGGAACGAUGGGGGGUGCCUGUGGUUAUGGAGACCUCAACACCGAUGGUUAUGGCAUCAAAACGGCAGCUCUUAGCACAGCUUUGUUCAACGAUGGCAAGUCAUGUGGUGGGUGCUAUGAGAUAGCGUGUGACGCGAACCAGGAUUCCCAAUGGUGCCUCAAGGGUACUUCUAUUAAAAUUACGGCUACAAACUAUUGUCCCCCGAACUAUGAUCUCCCUAGUGAUGAUGGUGGUUGGUGCAAUCCUCCUCGACCACACUUCGACAUGUCUCAACCUGCAUUUGAGACAAUUGCCAUUUACAGGGCUGGAAUUGUACCUGUUCAGUAUAGGAAAGUUGGAUGCAAGAGUAAUGGAGGCAUUAGAUUUACCAUCAACGGGGGAAAUUACUUCGAACUAGUGCUCAUAUCCAAUGUAGGGGGAGCUGGAGAUAUCUCUAAUGUUUGGAUCAAAGCAUCCGACUCAGAUCAAUGGGAAACCAUGUCAAGAAAUUGGGGUGCCAAUUGGCAGAGUCUACGUUAUCUCAAUGGCCAGAGCUUGUCCUUUAGAGUCCAAACCAGCGAUGGAGAAAUCCGCGAGGCUCUAGACCUGGUGCCUUCUGAUUGGAAGUUUGGCCAGUCCUUCAAGAGCGAUGUUCAAUUCUAAUUCAUUUUUCCUCUUUGGUUUUGGAUCGCGCUCUACUGACGUGGCAUUGCCCAUCAAUAUUCCUUAUAUGGUUUCUAGCGUUAUUUUUUCUGUAUUAUUUUCGAGUUGUACGUGGCUCAACCCAACAU